AUGCUUUAUAGGCUCCCGCCGCGCCACCGAUUUGCCGAGGCAUGUCGCGUCCUUAAUAUUGGAGAUGAGAUAGAUCCAGACGAUGUUGCGGCCAUGCUUAUCCGUGGAGGCUACCAAAACGUUGAACUUGUAGAAGUCAAAGGCGAAUUUGCACGCAGAGGCGACAUCUUAGAUGUCUAUCCGCUUACUGCCAACACCCCAAUGCGCGUCGAGUUUUUUGGCGAUGAAAUUGAUACGAUCCGUGCUUUCGAUCCGAUUUCGCAACGUUCAACUGAACCAAUCGAAUCGGUUACACUUACACCCUUGCGGGAAGUCCUUUCUGCUGAUGUAUCUGUUGAUCAUUGGCAAACCCAAGCGGAUGCCCUCAUUCAAGAACACGCGACGCCACAACUGAUAAACACUGUCCGGGAGAUAACACAAUCUUUAACAGAAGUGGCAUCUUCUCAAAAUUGGCUUCAGGAAUGCCCGCUUAAUGAUGGAAUAGAGGGCUUUUUGCCGAUGCUCGUCCCGGAAACCGAAUUGCUCUCCGAUUAUCUGCCCAAUGACACGAUUCUCUGCUUGAUUGAGCCUCAGUGGCAGAAGCGCGAAGCCUCCCAAAUGCACGAACAGAUGCAAGAGUUGUACCAGAAGAAGUUGGCGGAAUCUAAUCUCAUGGUUCCACCGGAUAAGCUUCUCGCCUCCUUUGAAACCCUCAGCACUGAAUUAGAGAAGCAUUCUGUCAUUUCUUUGUCCUUAGCCCCACCCCGUGAGGUCAUGGAUACUAAGAUACCGCCUCUGCAUUUUGAGAUGAAACCGUUGGCACUGCCAUCUGGCAACUAUCAAACGGUUAUCAAUCAGAUGAAAACUUGGACGGAGGAAGGAACCCGUGUUCAUGUUUUCUGUGAAACGCCUCAACAGUCAAAGCGCGUGUCUGAAAUCUUAGCAGAACGCGAAUUAUUUCCUCCAGAUAUUGAUACCAGUGUGGGAAGAAUUAGUGAAGGGUUUCUCAAUGAAUCACUGAAUCUCGUUGUUAUGUCCGAAGAUGAACUCUUUGGCAGUCGUCACCAUCGCCGUCCCAUCCGACACCGUUCGUCUACAGACGGAACACCGAUUCUCAGUCUCAUCGAUCUAAAAGUUGGGGAUUAUGUCGUACACGUCUCGCACGGCAUCGCUAUCUAUGAUGGGAUACGUCGAUUGGCAAUUGACGGAAAAUCACAAGAUUUUCUGAUACUCAGAUACAACGCAGGUGACAUCCUUUAUGUGCCGACCUAUCAAGUCGAUCUCGUUCAGAAGUAUAUCGGCAGCAAAGACAACGCCUAUAAGCCACGUGUUGAUCGGCUUGGGGGGACUGCUUGGAAUCGACGAAAGGGACGCGUCAAAGAGUCAAUCGAACAAAUGGCGGGUGAACUCCUGAAGUUGUACGCCCUUCGCCAAGCGCGCAAAGGUUUCAGUUUUCCCGCUGAGGUGCCGUGGCAAACCGAAUUUGAGGCACUUUUUCCGUAUCAAGAGACUGACGAUCAGCUCCAGGCAAUUGAAGAUGUCAAAGCAGAUAUGGAAGAUGAAGGUCCGAUGGAUAGGCUCGUCUGUGGAGAUGUCGGAUACGGAAAAACUGAGAUAGCGUUACGUGCCGCUUUCAAAGCCGUCAUGUCCGAAAAGCAAGUGGCGAUUCUUGUCCCUACGACCAUUCUCGCUCUCCAACACUACGACACUUUUGAAAGACGUUUUCAACCGUUCCCUGUCAAUAUUGAAAUGUUAAACCGGUUCCGCACACCGAAAGAGAUAAAACAGAUUAAAGAGGGGUUGGCGAACGGCACUAUUGAUGUUGUGAUUGGAACACACAGCCUACUCUCCAAAACGGUUGCGUUUGACAACCUCGGCCUCUUAGUAGUUGACGAAGAACAUCGCUUCGGCGUUAAGCAUAAAGAGAAAAUAAAACAAUUCAAAGAAAGCAUUGAUGUCCUGACAUUGACCGCUACGCCGAUUCCACGUACACUCCACAUGUCGCUUAUUGGCAUACGAGACUUUAGUGUCAUUAACACACCACCAGCAGAUCGAUUGCCGAUUCAGACGUACGUCAUGCCGUAUGACAGUGAUGUGAUUCGCGAAGCCAUCAUCGCAGAAUUAGGGCGCGGCGGGCAAGUGUUUUUUGUCCACAACCGCGUUCAGGACAUCCAGAGUAUCGCUUUAACCAUUCAACAACUGGUCCCGGAUGCACGCAUUGCCGUCGCACAUGGACAGAUGCCUGAACGUGAAUUAGAGACCAUUAUGCUGGAGUUUGUUCGGCAUAAACAUGAUGUCCUUGUCUCCACAAUGAUUAUUGAAUCAGGACUGGAUAUCCCGAACGUUAACACGAUCCUUAUUAAUCGAGCAGAUGCACUCGGUUUGGCGCAACUCUAUCAGUUACGAGGACGUGUCGGACGUGCUACGCUACAGGCUUACGGAUACCUCUUCUAUCCACAGGACCGAGCGAUCACAGAAGGCGCGCAGAAGAGGCUCCGCGUUAUCGAAGAAUUCACAGACCUCGGUUCAGGUUUCAAAAUAGCCCUCCGAGAUUUAGAGAUCCGGGGUGCUGGAAAUAUCCUCGGCGGGGAACAGCAUGGACAUAUCGUCACUGUCGGAUAUGAACUAUAUUGUAGACUUCUUGAAGAAGCAGUGAUGGCACUAAGGGGUGAAAAGGUUGAGGAAACCAUGGAAACGCGUAUCAAUCUACCCGUUGAAGCCUAUCUGCCCGAUAGCUACGUCCCAGAUAGCCGUCAAAAGGUCUCUAUCUAUAAGAAAAUUGCUGGACUGAAGGAUCGAGAAGCACUUAAUGAGCUCCGAGAGGAAUUGAAGGAUCGAUACGGUGCGAUACCCGAACCGGCUGAGAUGUUACUGGAAGUCGCUAACAUCAAACAACUCAGCCAACAUCUCGGUAUCACAACCAUUGUUGCUGGAAAGGAACAGGUGAAGGUUACCUUUGAUGAAAGAAAACCACGAAUUAAUGUGAAGAAAUUCGUUGAGAUAGUCCACCAAAAUAAAAACCUCCAGUUACAGCCUCCGGCACAACUUAUGAUUCGCAUGCCGGGAGUGACUGGCGCGAGUAUGUUGACCGAAUUGCAACAAGCACUAAGGUUGUUUGUUGAGUAA